AUGUCGUCGGGACUGACUCGAAGAAGGGGCGGUGGUGGUGGAGCUGGAGGUGACAACGAGAACGGGGAGUCGAGUCGUGUCGCCUCCCCUGCGCCCAAGGCCGGUGGCUCUCGUGAUACUGGCGGACCAGAGACUUCCUACGAAAGCACCGAGAAUGGGCAUAAGAUUGCCUUUGACCCGAGAGAUAUCAGCGAGAGUGCUGAGCGGAGCAAGCAACCGAAGCUUACGCUCAUGGAGGAGGUGCUGCUAUUGGGGCUGAAAGAUAAGCAGGGCUAUCUUUCAUUCUGGAACGACAAUAUAUCAUAUGCCCUUCGAGGAUGCAUCGUUAUCGAGCUUGCUUUUCGAGGGCGCGUGAGUAUGCAGAAGGACUCCUCAAGGCGGCGAUUCCCUCUGGCCGACCGAGUAAUUGAAGUUAUCGAUGAUACAUUGACCGGCGAGGUCCUCCUCGAUGAAGCGCUGAAGAUGAUGAAGGCUAGCGAAAAGAUGAGCGUUAGUUCAUGGAUUGACUUGAUGAGUGGAGAGACAUGGAACCUCAUGAAGAUCGGCUAUCAAUUGAAACAAGUCCGGGAACGCCUGGCCAAAGGCUUGGUUGACAAAGGGAUCCUCCGAACGGAAAAGCGAAACUUCCUACUAUUCGAUAUGGCAACACACCCUGUGGCAGAUGGAGGGGCGAAGGAGGAAAUCCGCCGCAGAGUCCGGAAUGUGCUCACACAGCGAACGGUAGUCCUGCCCAAUAGCCAGUUCCUCCCUGAAAACCUUGAAUUCAGAUACGUCCGCACGAUUGCUAUGGUAUGUGCCGCUUAUGCUGCAAAUGUGCUCGAGAACGCGCUUGCGACUCUAGGGCACGAGGCAAGAGAGCGAGCUUUCGCCCAAGUUGAUGAAUUAUUGGCAGAAUACAGUCAAUGGCCAUUCGGGAAGAGGGCGGGUGGGGCUUCGGGUGUAGGCGCCAACCUGGGACAAGUUAUUGCAGAGGAGGUCAAUAAUUCCAAAGAUAAGGAGCUGCAACUUGAGGUCGUAGCAGCAUGUCUCAGCGUAUUCACAAGAUUGGACUCCCUGCUAUAA